ACGUCUCGUGGCUUUCGAAGCUUCUGACGUUUUGCAACAUUGCAUAAACAUAAAACAAUCCAUCCUUGAUAUGGAAUGCAAGGGCGAAUGACAGAGCCGCCCAGCCCCCUUCGGCUGCGAUUGAUUUACGCCUCUACUGACGCUUUAUCAGGCGCACGAAAAAAGUUUGACCAAUCAUUUUGCUAGGAGCUCACAACACAGCAGCUCCACUGUACUUUGUUGGCUAGGAAGUUGGAGAAGGGGGUGAGAGUACAAAUCUAGAUCUGUCCUAUAUAUUUUUUUCCCUUCAUUGAACCGUACUUUGUAUGAUGUCUGAGAAUGUCCAUUUCUGGGACUCUUAGCAAUUAUUAUGUCGACUCUAUUAUAAGUCACGAAAGUGAAGACUCGCCUGCAGCUAAAUUUUCAACUGGCCAGUAUACCAGUUCCAGGCAAGUUGGCCAUAAUGAGCAGCUAGAAUUCCCCUCUUGUAGUUUCCAGCCAAAACCUCCAGUUUUCAGCGCCUCCUGGACUCCUUUGAAUGCACAUUCUUCCGGUACCCUUCCUUCGGUCUAUCAUCCAUAUAUUCAACAUCAAAGCGUCCCUUCCGAUAACAGGUAUCUACGGAGCUGGCUGGAUCCCGUGCCCAGAACAGAGACCAUACCCGGGCAGGGUUCAGUUAAAGCGGAACCUCUUCUGGGGCACCCCGGGGAAGUCCAUAAAGAAGGCGCCCCGGAGUACAAUUUAGAAACUUCUGCUGCAAGGGAGGCGAUCGUUUCCAAUCAAAGGCCCAGCUUCGAAGACAAUAAAGUUUGUGAAGGAAGCGAGGACAAAGGCAGGCCAGAUCAAACCAACCCAGCGGCCAACUGGCUACAUGCCCGCUCCUCCCGGAAAAAGCGAUGCCCUUACACCAAAUACCAGACCCUGGAGCUAGAGAAGGAGUUUUUGUUCAAUAUGUACCUCACCAGGGACCGUAGACACGAAGUGGCCAGACUCCUCAACCUGAGUGAAAGACAAGUCAAAAUCUGGUUUCAGAACCGAAGGAUGAAAAUGAAGAAAAUGAACAAGGAACAGGGCAAAGAAUAAGAGGCAGGAGGCAGAUGCAUCUUCCUCUCUGUGUAUGGGAGGCAGCUUCCGAGCUCCACUAUUGAUCAUAAAUAAAACACGUGGGUUUUUUUUUUCGGUUCCACCUUGUCAAGCGGGAAGUUCUGCUUAAUCUUGCCAGUUAGAAAGCUACUCAUGUGCAGGGGCAGCUCCUGAUUUGGGACACAUUAUGGGUUUUGUUUUUAGGGCCCCUCCCCCCAUCCAUUGUAGACCUAACAGGCCCAUAGCUGUGUCUCCAUCGGGAUAUGUUGCCUCGAUUUUCUAAAUGAAAGGCAAACAAACAAACAAAAUCCAGUAACUACACCCACCGUGUCACAAAUAACCAUAGCCCAUGACACCCCCCACCCCCCUCUUUGUAACCACAUGAUGGUAUCUCUUACUCCAGCCUCACCACACACCCACCUACAGAAACUGAAGUGGCAAAGAAAUCAGACAAUUUACUAGAAGACAGACACGUUCUUAAGAAUUGAAUUAAACUGCGGCACAUCAUUUUUUUUCCAUUCACCCACUUUAUACUGAUGUACUCGGAUUAAUGACACUCCAUUACCCCACUGCACCUAUGUUUUUAUUAUUCUAAUUCUUAUUCUUUCAAUCUCUCUGUGGUGGAUCAGUGAUUUUGACCAGGGAACAUAGUAUAAUCUUAGAAAUAAUUCUCCCAAACUGGUAGUUUUAUACUGGGUCGUUUAAAAAGCCUAUCAGAAUGAAAGUGUUAUUUAACAAAAAAUAAGAACAAAAAGAAAAAAAAGAAAAGAAAAAAGACAAAAAAGACAAAAAAA